AUGCAAAUCCUUGGUAUAGAUAGUCGUUUCAGAGAGGAGGACACCGAUAAAAGCUUCACAGAUCAUUUGUACCAUGCUUUGAAUCAGAAAGGAAUCAAUCCAUUCAGGGACGAAGAUCAAAAUCUUGCUUCACAAAAUUCAUCAUCCAAUGCAAUUGAAGAAUCAAGGUUUGCAAUCAUCGUUCUUUUAGAGAAAUAUGCCGAUUCAACUCGGCUGGUGGAUCAACUUGUCAAGAUUGUUGAUCUCAAGAACCAGCUGCGACUGACUGUUUUUCCGAUUUUCUAUCAUAUGGAUCCAGCACAUUUAAGACGGCAAUCCGAAGAGUGUGGAAAGACUUUUUCUCAACAUGAACAAGAUUUCCAACAAAAUAUCGAGAAAGUGAACGAGUGGAAAAAGGCUUUGACUGAAGUGGCAAAUAUCUCUGGAUGGGAUUUGAGAGAUAGAGAGAAAUUUGAAAAAUAUGACAAAAUUCAGUUACAACAGCAUCUUUACCAAAUCUUGUCGGACAUUGACGAAUGCAACUGGAGCGAUGAUAUUGCAAUCGAUCUAUUAAGGACCAGAUUAAAAUCCAAAAAGGUGCUUAUCACUCUAGAUGAUGUUGACCAGCUGGAGCAACUUGAAACUUUAGUAGGAAACUGGAGAAGGCAACAUGAUUGUUUAGGUCCAAGGAGUCGAGUCAUUGUGACGACUACAAAGAAUCACUUGUUGCCGGGAUAUGAAGAGGGCAACAUAUACGAGGUUGAUAAACUAACCAACAAUGAAGCUCUUCAACUCUUACACUGGAAGGCCUUUAAGGACAACUGUAUUUUGGAUGACUAUACAGAGCUGUGCAGCAAAAGGUCAUCCUUUAACUCUUCAAAGUUUGGCAUCUUUCUUGUUUGGGAGAACAAUGGAUGGAUGGUUAGACACAAUAGCUAA